AGAGAAGAAAAGUCCCCAUCUGACCAUGUGUUUAUAACUGAAGAUCAGAGUCCACAGUAAAGACCACCAGAGGACUACAGUCAGGGAGAGAAGAGGCUGCACGGAGCCAAGAGAAUACUGCACAGGAUGCUGGGAGUGGAGAUGUAUCCCAGCAUGCCGCUGGGCCACCAGAGACUUGGGGACUGCUACUACAGAGAUCGCGACGUCCCUCUAUACCCCCAAACCUGUGAUGCGUCGGCCCGCUCCCUGCCCCCCCGCCUGCUGGCCCCUCCCCCUGUCCCAGAGGCCAUGCCCCCUAAGGACAACAUCAAGAUGGAGCUGGAGAAUGGGUCGCUAUGGAAACAGUUCAGCUCCAUCGGCACAGAGAUGAUCAUCACCAAGAAAGGACGGCGUAUGUUCCCCCAGCUGCGUGUGAAGGUGUCGGGCCUGAACCCCUCGCUACGCUACAUCCUGCUUCUCGACAUCGUGCCGGCCGACUCCUCGCGCUACCGUUUCCAAGACGACAGCUGGGCGGUGGUGGGCGGGGCCGAGGCUCGGUUGCCAGAUCGGGUGUUUAUUCACCCGGACUCUCCGGCCACGGGGGAACACUGGCAGAACAGAACCAUCUCGUUCCACCGAACCAAACUCACCAACAACACACUCGACACGCAGGGAUACAUCAUCCUCCACUCCCUCCAUCGUUAUCAGCCUCGUCUGCAUGUGAUAGAGGCGCGGGACAUGUUGAUGUGGGGCGGGGCCAGACACUCCUUCACCUUCCCAGAGACCCAGUUCCUCACCGUCACCGCAUACCAGAACAACAAGAUCACUGAACUGAAGAUCAAAUCAAAUCCCUUCGCUAAAGGAUUCAGAGAGGACGGGAUGAACAGCAAGAGGCAAAGGGAGGCGAGGUCUUCUAAGAGGAAGGUCAACUCUCAGGACCCAGAAGCAGACGACCUGGACAUCGAGUCAUGUGACCCGUGUGACCCAUGUGACUCCACGGAGCUCCUCCCACAAAAUCCUGCUCUUGCGAUCACAAGCUCCGCCCUAAACAUGGCAGACCCCUCCUUUGGUUUCCCUGGCAACGCUCCGUCCUUCCCUGGGUCGACCAUCGCGGAUCAUCCAAUCAGCUUGGGCCAAGCCUUUAUCUCCGCCCACAUCACCCAGAUCCCACAAAUCACAGAGAUUCCUGUCUCCAUGGACAGUGGACUGCCAACCACCACUCAGGAAGACCUCAACAACAGCUUGAUUGACAGGUCUGGUCAGAUGAUUGAUCUCCAGUUUGCAGACUCCUCUCAGUUCGACGCCUCAGUUCCUCAGCCAUCUUCAUCUUCAUCAUCAUCAUCAUCAUCAUAUUCCUCCCUCUCCUCCUCCAGGAGGCCCGACCCCCUCUCUCUCCCCGUUCCCCUCCCCGUCCCCCUCUCUCACUCCUCUCCCAUCACCUCCUCCUCAGAUCCCUCCUCUCUCUCCUCCUCUGGAUACUCCUCCAUGCUCCCCUCUUCCACCACCUCCUCCUCUCCUCCUCUCCAGCUCACAGUCUCCUCCUCCUCCUAUUCCUACAUCUCUCCCUCCUCUUCCUCCUCCUCUGACCACCUCCUCCUCCCCACCUCCUCUUCCUCUCCUCCUGUCUACUCCUCCAGCCUCCCAGUCAGCCACCACCCAGACUCCCUCAGCCCCCACACCCCAAACACUUUCUCCUCCUCUUCCUCCUCCACCUCCACUCUUCCUGCAUCUCCUUCUCAUCAUCAUCCAUCUCUGCACUCGAUCCACUCCUCCUCUCUCUCUGCGGCCCAGAGUCAGGUAUCACAGAUGGUUCCGACCCGCUCCGCCCCUCCUGCGGUCCAGAACCAGAACUCUAUUGCCAUGACGACUGCGUUCCCCUUCCCCCCACUGCUACCAGUCAACCCCGAACUGGAACCCUUUGGCCCACACACUCUCCAGAACACAGAGAUGGUGAGUACUAGAAAUAAGGAAAUAACCUCCACCUCCACCUCCUCCACUGCUACAGCCUUCCCCUUUCCACCCGCAUCCGACCCGGAUCCCAGCACUCCAAACUCCGACUCUGCCCCCUCUAGCGGUCACCUGACCUCCACGGUGUUCCAGUUCCCUCUGUCCGGUUCUGACCCCAAUGCUGCUCCAGCUCAGGUCAUUCCCGAUCCGCUCCAGAUUCCUGAUGCGGUCCAGCAGAGUUCCUUCCUUCCCUCCUCCGCCUCCUCCGCCUCCUCCUCCUCCUGUGUCUCCUCUUCUGUUGCCAUGCCGAUCCAUCAGUCCGCUCCUCCUGUAUCCUUUGCCCAUCCUGGUGCAGGGUCCACACUCCAGUCCUACCCCCUCCCACAUCUCAACACUGCUCAGACGCACCACAACCCCUCUCUAUCCUCCUCUCAUCCUUUCCCCUCCUCCUCUUAUCCCUAUUCCUCCUCUCAUCCCUACUCCUCCUCCUCUGGCCUCCCCCCAUCCCUCCCCUCCUCCUGUCCUCCUCUUCAUCCCUCUCUCUCAAACUCUGCUCCUGGUAUUCCCAACGGCGUUCCGAUGCAGUCAGGCUACCACUCCGCCUCAUCAGCAGCAUUCCCGGCAUCCGCAUUCCCCCAUAUCCCAGCCGCCUCCGCCGUUCCCAACGCGUCUCAAUUCACUUCCUGUUCCGUCAUCCCCCCACAGACAUUCCAGACACUCCCUAUGACGUCAUCAAACCUCGCCAGCCACCAUCACCCCUCGUCACUCCCUAUGACAUCAUCAAACCUCGCCAGCCACCAUCACCCCUCGUCACUCCCUAUGACAUCAUCAAACCUCACCCACCACCAUCACCCCUCGUCAUUCCCUAUGACAUCAUCAAACCUCGCCCAUCACCCAUCCGCUGCUGCAGUGUACCCCCAGUACCAGUCUGGAGUACCCACUACUGCCCCCUACCAUGCAGUACCGCCUGCUGAUGCCUCCUCCACCACCUCCUCUUACCCUGCCGGCCAGUUCAACCCUGCAGCUGCCGCCUACCUACCAGAGAUGGUACUGCACUCCUCUCUCCUGCCCCAUUCCAUGGACCCCUCCUCUCUCCCCUCCUCUCUUCCCUCAUUCUCUUCCUACCCUCCCCCUCUCCGGCUCUGCCAGGACCCCCGCUCAGCCUCUUAUCAAAUUCCGCUCAGGCACAUCUACAGGCAGCCCCAGCACCCCCAGGGGUCCUACCUGGACAUGAGCGGCAGGGCUAUGUUCUGAAGUGCAGUGGGAUGGCACAGGAAGAUGAGGGCCAUGCCACUCGGGUAAAGGAGACGUGUUCAAAAGUCCGCAUUGUGUACUGCAUACUAG